AUGGGGGAUGUCUGCAGGGACUUGACAUCUGCACACACGAAGAGGCGUCCCUCCACCUGUAAUCCUUCCCAGUGGAACUUCCGUUCGGCGGUCUUGACAUCUUCAACAUCUUAUCUCACAACCAAGAUUCCGGCGAUGAAGCAAGGUUAUGCAAGAAGGAAAAACGUGCCCAACAGUUCGAAUCAGAACUUUGUCCGACGUCACAUGGCAAACUGUACUCAAGCUGUCAUGGUUUUCCAGGGAUUUUCUGUUGCUGGUGGCGACUUGGGCUGCUUGUCGUUGUUAUUUCUAAAGGAUCAUUCAUUCCCUAGCUCCAGUAGUAAUUUGACGCGAAUUGCUGAUCAAAGGCUGGUCGCUGUUGAAUUCCGUCUGAAGCACAAUUAUCGGGAUGCAGAAAAAGUGAACCUGACCCAGCCAGGUUCACCGUUCAGGCUCUCUUUGAUGUUCGGCGCCUCAGGGUGCAAGGAUCGCGAAUUAUGGGAGGUCUCUCGAAACCUGGAUGAAUAUUUUCGAAAGUAUCGCAAUCUACGUUCUGGCGAUUAUGAAGUCGGAGUGGUUAGGAGCCAGUUGGACACAUACUCGGAAUCCGUGAUUUGGAAGUACGAUGAUGGCGACUCUCCCCCUGCUGAUCUUUCGUUUGCUAACCUUAUUAUCACAGUCCAGGUUUACUUGCAUCAUCCCAGGUUCGAGAACAUCAUAAGGGCAGAUCUAUUGCGAUGGCGAACUACAUUUGCCAUAGUGGUAGGCAACACAACAAAGGACGUUUUCGAGUGCAAUAUGAUCGAGGUUAUACUGAUCCUUGCGUCUAUAGGUCAUCCGGUCACGAAGCGCGUGCACACCAAUGGCAAGCUCAAGUUGGGCUCUGAAGUGUCUGGAUCUUAUGGAUCAGCUCAACGAUGGACUCGAGGAAGUACUGAGUCAAAAACUUCUCAAAGCAGGGGAGACGAUGGCUAAGCAAAUCGAAGAAAGUCCAGGAAAAUACAAAACCUGAUUUUCAAUAGCUGAGGCCGUUUUUUUAAUUCUCACCUCUAUCACUGACUUAUGCCGUGCUAGGAGAUAACUUCUGAAUUCCUGGUUUUGGCAUCUCUUCUUUUUCUGACAUCAUCGAGGGAGUACUCACCUAUUUCUAAUCGCCCCUUCGAGGGGGACUUUUGCAUGGGAGACGCUAUGCUUCGUUCAACGUCCCUAUUUCAUUUUGAUGUCAUUCUUUCCCUUCCCAGUAAUUACUAAUUAUUGCGAAAGGACCUCCCCAAUCCCAGAAAUUUUACUCAAACCUCCAAGCCACUUGAUCUUGGCAUGCGUCCGUACACACUAUCACAAGGCCACGAUGUCGACUAUCUAUGUCAACCCCCUCUACCCACCCAUUCCCUCCGCUCUCCAAUAGCCAUUCAGUACUUCAAGUGGAAGUGGGGCCAUAAUUUGACCCUGCCCCCUGCCCUCCCACUGCCGCUGCCGAUCCCGUUGAGGACCACGUCUCCACGCGUUAGCCACCGCACCAAACCCAGUUUCCAUUCCCGCUACUGAAGAGAAUUCUCUCUCGUCCGGAACCUGUGCUUCCACCCUACGAACGGACCAGAAUUGACCUGUCCGCCUUCCCUCCUCCCACCAUCCGCUUCACUCCGGUUGCAGCCGCUACGUGCAUGUGCAUGUCCGGUAAUAGAGUCGUCUGGUGCAUCGACGAAGGUGGUCAGCUAUAGCACGCAGAAUGUACCCCAUUCGUGCGGGUCAAGCAGGAAAAGAUAGGUCAGAUGUGGGGUACAAAUACGAGGCAAGGGAUUGGAUACUAUGCGCCCCGAUUCUUUUCGUCCCAUACCAGGCGUAGCACGAUCUCAUGUCCAGUUUUGAGGUCUCGUAAUG